UGUCGUAAGCAAGGAGAGACAGUGACAACCAGCACGCGGCUGGAUCACAUGCAGACAAUCAGGACUCGGGCGGCUCUGCUUAGGUAGAGAUUGCGUCGAGGAGGUGGUUUUCACAGCAGCGUACGGCGACCUGUAAAUAUGGAGCCUCUGGAGGAAUACCACUCUCCGUUUGACUUUGAACAAGGGGUCAACUCCAGUUAUCUCUACCUCUCCCCAGCUUACAGCGACACGCCGCCCAGUUCGCCAGCUGUCAGAUCCAGAGAUUUCCAGGAGCAACCUGACUCUGUAGCCGAGGUGGGAGAGGAUGCAGUGACAUCUGUCGGUGCAGCUCCUCUUCCUCCUGUCAUGACGGAGGAAGAGCGUCAGGAGCUGCAACAGGAGCUGGCUAAGGUUGAAGACGAGAUCCAGACUCUGUCCCAGGUGUUGGCAGCUAAAGAGAAGCAGCUUGCAGACAUCAAGAGGAAACUGGGCGUCACGCCUUUAAACGAGCUGAAACAGAACAUCACCAAAACCUGGCAGGAAGUCACCACUUCCACAGCCUAUCGGAGGACGUCUGAAACUCUGUCUCAGGCCAGUCUGAAAGCGACGGCAGCCUUCUCCAACAUGGGCUCGGCCAUUAGCAAGAAGUUCGAGGAUGUCAGUUUACAGUCAAUACAACAUUCAGCUAGUAUGCCAGCAAUCAGGAACGCACCAACUUUCAAGUCACUGGAGGAGAAAGUCGAGACACUGAAGACUAAGAUCACCCCCACCGCUCCUCCCAGCAACCAGGACGGCAACAUCCCGGAAACCACCGAGUCUUUGAUCAACCAGCCUGAGGACGCCCCCACCCAGGACGCACCCAUGCAAUGAGACUGAGGCCGCACUUUCACCCUCUGACCUCUUUACCACCCGCACCCCCCACUCCCCGCCCUGCUCCUCUGACCAGUUUAACUCUUAUGUGCCAGUCUCCCUCUAUUGGAAACAAAUGCCUUCCCAGCAUCCUCUGCGAUCGACUUGCCCGCUGUCCUCUUCCAACACACACGCUCAGUCGUUAGCUUGUCUGAAACUAAAACCACAGGAUGGGUUCAGGCACAUAUUCUCAUGUCUUUUGGGUUUAUCUAGUUGGUUUAGGCUCACCAUUAGAGGAAUCAUUUUUCCUUGUUGCACUCCUUAUUUCUUUGCCUUUUUUUUUCUAACCAGAAAAGCUUGAAUGCCAAACAUGCUCCAGUGUAUAUCUUUAUGAUAUUAACAUUCUAGUGUAGAAAACUGUGCCGUUAGAACAAUUGUAGUGUACUUUAGAAAUGUAUUAAAUGUUGGAGUCACUGUUAUUUAACACGGGUGGUUUUGGCUUAGUUUUUCUUCUUGGGCCAAACUUUACCCCCAGCCCCCGAGAAAUAUAACAUGGUGUCCCAGCAGUGAAUAUUAAUAUUUUUGUAUCUUAUGCUGCGCUCGGGUCGCUAGGCUUUCCGGGUUUGAUACACUGUGUUGUUAAUAUGACUACUGACUGCACGUUUCAGAUUCAGGCAGACCUUCCCCUUUCAUUGUAGAGAAACCUGUCACGGCCCCCGCGCUCGGAAAGCUGCAGGAAAACGGCCAAGAUCAGCAGAAUAGCUCAGAGCAAACACGCCGUCAAGGUCCAGCCUUGACCUGAGGUGACAGAGAAAUAAAUGUAGCCUCCACAGCCAGCCAGAGUCAAUAUUUGAACACUAGUGCAUUGUUUCUGCGAGAGCGGCAACACCCAAACUACCCAUGCCGUGUAGUGCACAGCGCUGCAGUAGUGUUUCCCCCUUUUUUUAUUGUGACAAAAACCAGCUUGAUUGAUUGAUGGCAAGUAUUUGUAGAAAAAGUUUCUUUUGCAUUUAUCGAAUACUUUUUUCUUUUUUAUAUAUAUAUCAAAACUGUAGUUAGAGUUGGCUUUACAGCCUCAUGCUGCUUUAUGUCGAUUAUAUGCUGGAAGCAAUUAAACUCUAAUUUAUUGGGCUUCAAACAGUGAUCAAUAAAACCUAAACGGGGCCGAUUUCAACACAAGCUGAGGUAAAGUCAAACUAAAUGAAGGACAAACUUUUCUAUUGGGCGCAGCAUCAAACUGGUACAAGUCCUCCCCUGCUGGUGGAUAAGAGGUACUGCCUGCAUAUAAAUCAACUCCCACUAUCAGUAUGAAACAUGAGUGAUGCCGCUGAGCUGUAAACUGUGGAUCAGAGAAAUCUAGUGUUUAGUGUUGUUUUUCUUUGAUUGUUAUCAAUAAAGAUUCUCAUGUUUUCACUGAC